AUGCCACGUGGAUCAAGCACAUUUGGGUUUGUCGGGUCAUUGGAUCGGCUUUCUAUACGCGUUCAACUAUUCCAAAAAGGUAUCCAAUCCUUGGAUUUCGACAAGUUCAGCUUGGAGAACAACGCUAAUGUAUUGGAGGAGAAGCCGACAAAAAGUCGGCUAGAUGACGUCACUUUUGGAUGGAAACAAAAAGUUGGGAGAGCUGAAAAUAGCAAUCGCCGCAUUUUUACACUUCGAGACGACGAUGAGUUCCCUGACUAUCUGAAAGACUUUAAACCGGUAGAUGACGCACCGAAAGUGGAGAAUAAGAAGGAUUCUGAAUAUCCAUAUAGUGACUAUGUGGUGUAUCGAAAAUCCGCAGCAACACGUCCAAUAGUCAAAAAGCACUACUUGUUCAUUUUCGCCAAGUUGGGACCGAUGGAAAUUGAGGACCCGUCCGCCGUGGAACUUCUCUUCCGGAUUACUGUAACCGACUCAAAUCGUCUUACUGUCGAACCAGCGAUCGAUCAAGAGGAAAUUCAUUUGGAGACGAGAUUUGGUGAUUUCACAGUGAAGAUGAAAAUAGAAGACGUCGAGCAGAAUUCAGAAGACCAGAUGAUCGAAGAAAGUGUUGGACGGAGUCGAAAAGGGAGGACCAGUGUGAGCAGUAUCCCAGAAGCGGAAACGUUUGUAGCCGCCAGAGAUGGUUUAGUGGAGUCUGUAGUCAAUGUGUCCAUAGAAAAAGGAGUAAGCUUCCUGUUCGAAGACGGGCUAACUAUUGACUACAAACUACAAAUGCCACGUGGAGUCCGAUUGAAAUCGAAAAAUGAAACUGGGCGGUCGCAGCGGUAUGCAGCAGAGGAGACUGGCGGAAAUAUUAAUUUUGGAUAUUUUUUGGAAUUCGUUUUCGAGUCGAAAUACAUGGAUUCUCAGCCACUUUUAAUGUUGAGAAUUAUGGCGGUUGAUUACUGGGGACGACAGUAUAUUGCAGGAUAUGGAUCCGCUUAUUUAUCGCUAGAUCCGGGGAGAUCCCACUCCAAAAUCCAUUUAUGGCGCCCUAUUAGUCAUAACACGUUAUACGAAAUGUUCGUCGGUCAAGCUAUUGAUAUUGACUAUUUUGGUACACCACAGACAUCUAUGGAACGAAUGGGUCGAAAUGGACAACCUUCUGGAAUAGUUUGUAUUGAGACCACCUGUAUUGCACAGUCCAGACAUUUUAUGGCCAGAGAUAUACUGUAUCAGUUGAAAUAUGGAUCAAAGAUGGCGGAUAUGGGACUCCGCUCCGACUUUUACCAACGCAUCAUAAAAGUGCUCAUGGAAUUUGAGGAGGCUCGUUCAAAACUGAUUAUGGCUCGUGCGUUGAACAGAAAAAAGAUACAAUUGUAG